UGUUCACAUCUCAACCUCACCACAACCACCAUGACCCGCCACAACGAAGAGCUUCCACCGACAUACGAGGAGAGCGAAGCACCAGCAUUGCCCGCGCGUCCGCCGUCGCCGCCGUCGUCGGCGCACCGCGCGGUCGCACCUCUCACGCUCGCCGACACCAACGCCUCGAUCAAGGGCACCUACGCGGUGCGGCUCAUGUCGAACAAGGCCGGGCCGGACGUCAAGAUAAGCAGCACGAACGGCGCGGUCGCCGUCACGCUCUUUCUACAGGGAACGUUGUUCCGCCCCGCCGUCGUCGACGUUAUCACCACCAACGGGCGCGUCGACCUCACAGUGCACCGCGACAGCGCCGCCAUCGACGUGACCGCCAAGAGCAGCAACGGGUCCGUGACGCUAAACCUCCCCGAGGACUUUGACGGGCUCGUGACUGUGCGCGUCAUCAACGGGCGCAAGCGCGUUGAGGGCAUGGCCGGUGUCAUCUGGCCCAGCGAGGGCGACGAGAAGAGCAUUACGUAUCGCGUGCGUCCGGCAUCUGGCGGUGGCCCACGCAGGCCUAGUGGCCCUAGCGGACCCCGCGGCUGCAGCGGGCCUAGCGGCAAGAGUCUCGAUAAGCAGGAGCAAGAGUACAAGCGGCAUGAGGAGGAGUACGCACGCUUCCAGGAGGUCAGUCCCACCGAAACCGACCUCAGCGACAAGGGCCCAGACCGCGCAUACGCAUCGACCCACAACGGCAGCGUCAAGGUGCAGUACAUCGGCAUGCACGAAGAGGGUGGCAGUGGCGACCGCUCGUCGUGCUCCAUUAUGUAGAGUUGGCCGCGAGAGUGCCCGCUCGGGGCGUCGAUUAGAAGUUCAUGUUCAAGUUGAUGUUACAGACGACGCAUGUAUAGGAGGCUCCGUCAAGAAGAGUGUAUAGAGAACGCCCGUCAAGGCAAGUCCUUCUCCCGCUUGCAUCCGGUGAGCGGUCGUGUUUGGCGGGCACAACCCGAGCGCCGCGGCUCGGGCCUCAAGAGGCUUCGCGCCUCGAUCCAACCCUUGUGCGCCUCGCUAUACACGCAACCAAGGCCGCGCGCGAUCUCGCCAAGUUCGUGGCGGACCCCGACCGCAGUGCCUACCAGCUCGCGCCGCACUCCGGCGGCAACACACACAAGAUCUGCUCGCACACCGGCCGCGGCGGCCGCGAUGUGCGUAGUGACCGUCAUGGCUGGCGCCACGCUAACGCUAGAGGGGGACCCGGACGCCGGCGGGGGCGCGGGAGCGGGCGCAGCUGCC